UCAGGCACAGCGCUGGUUUGUUGACAAAGUGGAGGAAUGAGUGGAUGAGCUGAAGGCAGGCAAUGGCAGCAGCCGGGACAGGAGGACACCCACAGCAGCUCUGCAGCCACUCCUCGUGUAACACACGGAGCUCAGCAUCCCCUGCAGGAGCAGCCCGACCCGGACCUGUCCGCCCACAACUUCAUCCCCGAAUUACAGACAGGCAAUUCCCUAGAAGAGGUGCCAGAUACAGCACCAUGAAAAACAAAAGUCACAAAUGUCACAGCAGAUGGCUUACACCACAGAAUACCUCUACAAUGCUAUCACUGCUUUUUCUAAUAUUUCUGCCAAAAAUUGACUGCAUGAAACAGAAUAUUCCCCGGCUCAAGCUCUUAUACAAAGAAUUGCUUUUGUCAAACAGCUGUAUCCCGUUUCUGGAGUCAUCGUCUGAGAGCCUGGGUUUACAGACCCUGCUUCUUGAUGAAGAGAGGAGCCGACUGUUCCUUGGAGCCAAAGAUUACAUCUAUAUGCUCAAUCUGGUUGAUGUAAACAAAAAUAUAAGAGAGAUUCAUUGGCCGGCAACUCAAGACAGAGAAGACUUUUGUAAACUCGCUGGGAAGGAUGAACAUGAGGAAUGUGCAAAUUUCAUUAAAGUCCUUCAUCACUACAACAAAACCCAUAUAUAUACUUGUGGAACUGGAGCCUUCCAUCCACUGUGUGGAUUUAUUGAACUUGGAGGCAACAAAGAGGAAAUAGUAUUCAAGCUUGACACACAAAACCUGGAGUCGGGAAGGUUGAAAUGCCCCUUUGAUCCUCAUCCACCUUUUGCUUCUAUAAUGACAGAUAAGUAUCUCUUUGCUGGGACGGCUUCAGAUUUCCUUGGCAAGGAAACAACAUUUACUCGUUCGCUUGGCCCUCCCAAUGAACAUCAUUUCAUCAGAACAGAUAUCUCUGAUCAUUACUGGCUUAAUGGUGCAAAAUUUUUUGGUGCUUAUUCCAUACCAGACACAUAUAAUCCAGAUGAUGACAAGAUUUACUUUUUCUUCCGGGAAGCAUCCCCAGAAGGCAGCGCCUCUGAGAAAACAAUAUUCUCUCGUGUUGGGAGAGUCUGUAAGAAUGAUAUUGGUGGCCAGCGCAGUUUAAUAAAUAAAUGGACUACGUUUCUGAAAGCACGUUUGGUGUGCUCCAUACCUGGUCCAGAUGGAGGGGACACAUACUUUGAUGAACUGCAGGAUGUAUUUUUGCUUCCAACCAAGGAUGAACGGAAUCCAGUUGUGUAUGGAAUCUUCACUACCACAAGCUCUAUAUUUAAAGCAUCUGCUGUAUGUGUCUAUAGCAUGGCAGAUAUAAGAGGAGUGUUCAAUGGUCCUUAUGCUCAUAAAGAAAGUCCAGAUCAUAAGUGGGUCCAGUAUGAUGGAAGAAUCCCUUAUCCAAGACCUGGAACAUGUCCAAGCAACACCUAUGACCCACUGAUAAAAUCUACCAAAGAUUUCCCAGAUGAUGUUAUUAGCUUUGUAAAGAAUCAUCCUCUGAUGUACAAGUCAGUGUACCCUCUUCAUGGUAAACCUGUUUUCACCCGACUAAAUGUGGACUACAAGCUAACUCAGAUUGCUGUCGACCACGUGAUAGCAGAAGAUGGCCAGUAUGAUGUUAUGUUUCUUGGGACAGAUGUUGGAACUGUUCUCAAAGUAAUCAGUGUUGCAAAAGGUAUCUGGAAUAUGGAAGAGGUUCUGCUGGAGGAGCUGCAGAUAUUUAAGAAACCAUCACCAAUAACUAACAUAGAACUAUCCAUCAAACAGCACCAGCUUUACAUUACAUCCCAUGAUGGUCUAGUUCAGCUGUCACCACAUAGAUGUGAUACAUAUGGAAAAGCUUGUACAGACUGCUGUCUUGCUAGAGACCCAUACUGUGCCUGGGAUGGAAAGGCUUGUUCAAGAUACAUACCUACGUUAAAAAGGCGUUCAAGAAGACAAGAUGUGAAAAAUGGGGAUCCCCUUACACAGUGCUGGGAUGUGGAUGAGAAGACUGUAAAUGAAGCUCCUGAGGAAAAAGUUAUAUUUGGUGUUGAGUUGAAUUCAACUUUCCUUGAAUGUGUUCCCAAGUCACAGCAAGCAUCUAUUAGAUGGUUUAUUCAGCACACAGGGGAGGAACGCCAGGAAGAGAUAACAUCUGACGAAAGAGUCAUUAAAACAGAAUAUGGGCUUUUGAUCCGCAGUCUACAGAAGAAGGACUCUGGAACAUAUUAUUGUAAAGCACAAGAACAUACAUUCAUUCACACCCUGGUUAAGCUCAAUGUAAAAGUGAUAGAAAAUGAGCAGAUGGAACAAACCCAGAAGAUGGAAGAGGAUGAGGCUAGAGGCCGAGAGUUAAUAACAGAGUCACGACUGAGGUACAAGGAUUAUUUGCAACUUCUAAGCAGCCCUACCUUCAGCAUGGAUGAGUACUGCGAGCAGAUGUGGCACAAGGAGAAGAAAAGACAACGCAAUAAAGGUGGAGCAAAGUGGAAACAUGUCCAAGAGAUCAAAAAGAGCAGGAACAGGAGACACCAUGAACAAAGGGAGAAGCAGGCUAGAAUUUUAUCUGCAUAGACUGAGCUGGGUGUACUGUGGACAAUUUCAUAUUAUUUCGUUGUGUACAUUUCUUGUAUUAAUAUUCCUUUUUCCAAUGGGAAGUACCAAUGCAUACAAGACAAUGUAGUACGAAGAAUAUUCUAGAAAAGUGAAGCACUUCACGUUUUGUAUUACAGCUUUCAAAGAAUAGACUGGGUUAAGGGGUUAUAGACUUCUUUGUGUAGUGUUGUUUGUAUGUAGCCUCAUUUUCUGGGUUAAGUUAAUGACUGGUCGUUCAGGCUUUUAUUUAUUAAACUAUGUUAUUAAGGUGCCUCAUUCUCUCCCUUUUUGUAAGUUAUAAGUUAAUAUUGGGAUGUUUAAAACAACUGUUUACUUGUUAAUGUUUAGUUUUUAUUCUACUAUUGAAUAUGGUAUUUUUAAGACAACCUGAUUAUGAGACUUUUGUGUUACAGUUGUAUGUUGAUAGUAAUGGUUCAAAAAGUGUACAAAAAAUGCAAAGCAAGGGACACACUGUGACUUAGUAUUCCACUAAUGAUUUAAAGGGGUUGGGCAUCUUUUGGGAGGUUUUUGCAAACUCCCCUCCUUGCCAGACCUGCAAAAGUGAAGUAUACAUACCUGCUCCUGGUGCUGGGUCCUGGCUACAUUACUCCCUGUCCUUGGCUGUCUUGCUCAAAUCUCUCACUGUCAACAUCUCCUUUGCUGCCACUGAAGCCAAUCACUGGCUGCAGAGGUGACCUCUCCCCUUCUGUCAUGUGACCAACUGAGUUGACGCAAGGAGAGCAGGUCACACCUGAGGCAAGUGAUUAGCUGCAGCUGCGUCAAAGUGAAUUUGGAUAGCAGGGGAUCUAAACGAGGCAGCAGAGGACAUUGAUCUGGGUAUGUAUUCUUCCCUAUUGCAUCUCUGGCCAGGAAGGUGGUUUGUCCAAAAAAAAAAAAAAGGUGGCCAGCCUCUUUAACACUAGCGUUUGGUAAUUCCAUGAUCUUUUGCUUUGACAUUCUGUUUUACAGAUAGUAGACGUGAAAGUUUACAGACUCCAUUGAGCUCUUUUAUGUCAGGAAAAUGCGCACAAUCCAAUAAAGAUACUUGUUGAAAUA